CGUACGUUAAGAGUGUGUAACUAGUGCAACAAUCACUGAAUUAAACUAAUCAUCAAUCAACCACCUUUAUAUAUUAUCACAUCCCCAUACACACCACAACACAUUGAACCACACAAUUGUAUCCCAACAAUGGCAGUACUUCAUGGCAAUUGGGUCAAGCUUGAUCAAAGAGGGAUCACACAAGGAGCAAGAAGUUCUCAUGCUAUUGCUGUAGUAGGGCAAAAGGUUUAUGCAUUUGGAGGUGAGUUUGUGCCACGUGUCCCCGUUGAUAACAAGUUACACGUGUACGACUUAGAUACCUUGACUUGGUCAGUAGCUGAUGUAUCAGGCAGCAUCCCGCCGCCACGUGUUGGCGUCACAAUGGCUGCAGUUGGAGAAACCAUCUAUGUGUUUGGUGGAAGAGAUGUUGAACACAAGGAACUCAAUGAACUCUAUUCUUUUGAUACUAAGACCAACACUUGGGCCUUGGUUUCAAGUGGAGAUAUUGGGCCUCCUCACCGGAGCUACCAUUCCACAACGGCUGAUGACCAACAUGUGUAUGUUUUUGGCGGCUGUGGGGUCGCUGGAAGGCUCAAUGAUUUAUGGGCAUUUGAUGUUGUGGAUGGCAAGUGGGUGGAAUUUCCGUCUCCCGGUGAAGCUUGCAAGGGAAGAGGUGGGCCGGGCCUAACAGUUUCCCACGGAAAAAUAUGGGUUGUUUAUGGCUUCGCAGGAAUGGAAGUCGAUGACGUGCAUUGCUUUGAUCUGGCUCAUAAAACAUGGGCCCAAGUGGAAACAGGUGGGCUCAAACCAACGGCCCGUAGUGUGUUUUCAACUUGUUUGUCUGGAAAACAUAUAAUUGUAUAUGGUGGGGAAAUAGACCCUAGUGACCAAGGUCAUAUGGGUGCUGGCCAAUUUUCUGGCGAGGUUUAUGCAUUAGACACAGAGACAUUAUCAUGGACGAGGCUGGACGAUAAGGUGGAAUCCGGUGGCCAUCCUGGGCCGCGUGGAUGGUGCGCAUUCGCCAGUGCUUCCCGAGGCGGUCGAGAGGGAUUAUUGGUAUAUGGUGGCAACUCUCCUAGUAAUGACAGGCUUGAUGACAUUUUCUAUCUCGCUCUUGCUCAAAGUUAGUCGGUGAAUAAUUAACCGGUGUAAUGUAAUAGCAUAGUUGCAUUAUGUGUGAUGGAUUGUAGGUGCAUAUUGUUGUGAUAUGAGGGUAAUAUGGCAUGUGAACUUAUGUAUGUUUUUGUUUAUGAAUGUACUUGUGUGCUGGAAUAAAAGGGAAACAACAAAAAGUGUGUGAUGAUAUUGUUAGUUAAAUGAGCUCAGAUAUAUAAGGGCUGACAAGAAAUGUUUCUUAUCUAGUUAUUUUACUAAAUCCAAGUUAUGACAAUAUUUAGCUGUCUUUUUAUGAA